AUGUGCAAUCUCGCAGAUCUAUCAUUAACCUUGGCUGAUUAUGGUUCCUCCGAAGGCAAGAACUCCGUUCGGCUUUUUUCGGAGUACCUAAGAAGGUUACCUUCUGUUACAUCAGCAACAUUGGUCUUCAAUGAUUCACCAUCAAACGACUUCUCUAGCUUGACGUUGACAAUUCAUCAAAACUGGGAUACCCUUUCACAAUACGGAAAGGUAUUCAUAAAUACUCUAUUGUCUCCGAGGUUGUACUUUGAACAGGUUCUGCCCGAUGCUUUUGUUGAUGCUGGCUUCAACUUCACAGCUUUGCAUUGGCUUCGCAACAUGCCGGAUGCAUCUUCAACCCCCUCGUCCUUAUCUGCUGCGGCCCACGAGGAUUUUACCACCUUCCUCUCAGUCCGCCAUAAAGAGGUUCGCCAGCAUGGAACUAUGACGAUUUGCAUUCCCAGUGACGGUGAAAUCAGCGUUUUGCCGACCUUUCGAUGUUUCGAAACCAGUCUUCACAGCCUCCAUCACAAGUGUCGAGUAGACCCAAUGAUUGCUAGGCGGCUUCCAAUGUACUUUCGGACAUUCGACGAGAUUCUGGUAUCUAUUGCUGCUGUCGCCACGAAAUGGACUCUCAAGAACCACCAUGCUCUACCACUCAUGCACACCUCGUGGUCACCUGAGGUAAUUGAGGCAAGUUCUGAACAAGCCAGAAUGUCUGCUCGGAAGAGAUAUACAGAUGCUGUGGCAGGCUUUGCACUUGCAGCAUGUUCUCAAUUCUUCAUCGACGGUCUGAAACCUCAAGUUUACCAUGGCCAAAGCCCUGGAGAGGAAGCGAUCCGUUUGAAGGAGGGAUUCAUGACGGACUUGACCUCUGCAUUCAAGGAAUAG